UGAAUGAAUGAAUGAAUGAAAUAUGUUGGACAGCAGUCGCCAUAUUUGCAGUCAAUGUGGACACUCUGUGGCCAUGUCUGACUUUCUACCCCUGUGUGGACCAUUUCAAGUUAGGCCAACCAGACAAGGUGGGAUUUCUUGGUUUUCUUGUCUCAGUGUGAUAAAGCUGGAAAAUGAGCCCCUGAAGCUCGUGCUUCAUUGUUGCUUGAUUCCCCCCUGGUCGCAUCUGUGCUUCAAUAAACAAUUGCUCCGAAGAACCUGUUAGCGUGGUUUCCAGCAGUGGGGGAAUAUUUCUUGCUGGGUUUGUAAAAAUGAUCUAAAUAGAACCGACGUUGGUAGCUAUAUAACAUCUGUAACAUUGCACGUUGAGUUAUGUUACUGCAGGACUUGACUGGUGCUUUGAUUGGAGGCAUUUUAGCUGCCAUCACUCCCCACCCCCUUACCGCCACCUUCUCCGAAAGCCGAACUUCCAUGCUGGGAGGAUUUAUGGGGAUAUGUUUCUAAGGGUGCGGAAAGAAACGGCUGUCACGUGGAAACAGCAGUAUAAAUAACCAAUGUGUUUUCAGAUAGGUACAGCACAUGGUACGGUCCUUCUGAGGGCUGUACCUUAUCGUAAUGCGAGUGGGAAGUGUAUGUUUAAAUACUUUCCCACACUCCUUAAAUGUAGAUUGCUAGUACAGCCAGGGAGGAAAGCCACCCAGAACCCUUUUCUUUAUUGUGCUAGUUUUCCAUGCUCGGGAAGCAUUUGCUUCUUUGUUUUUGUCUUAACCUGGGACAGGAUGCAGACUUUAAAGAGCAAAAUCUUCAAAUAUCAGAAGGUUAUUCAAUAGAUUAUUAAAUGUAUUGAAUAAUAGAGUCAAAUAUCUGUUAUUUAAAAAGAUGGACCAGACCUCUGUGUUGUGCAUGAGGGCAGAAGGAGAACUGGGAGUUGGAAAUAGUAGGGGAGUAGAUUUUAUUUAAACAUUAGGAGAAAUACCCUAUUGCUACGAGCUUUUCAGUAGUGGAGCAGGCUGGCUUAGGAAGUUCUUCACUGGAGGCUGUGUGGCCAUUUGUGGUAUGUUGUAGCAGUUCCUUAUGGUGCAGAUUCUGAAGUAGAAUACUGGGCUACUAAAUCCUUUCCAGCUCUGUGAUUUUUUGAAACAGCUCUUAGGCUGUGGGUUGGUCUGUUUGGCACAACAAGCCAUAGUGGGCUUGUUAUACAGCUACCACAGACCAGCCUGGAAAGAGUGGCAGCUGUGGGAGCUGCUCCAGCCAUCGAGCAUGGAAUUGAAUUUCAAGUACAAUGGCUGAUGGGAUAUGUGCCAGCAGUGGGAGGACUGAGCAGGGAGGAUGGAAGCCAGACAAGUAUAGCAACCUCUUGAUUGUCUGGCAGGCACAUCCGGGCAAAGCCCCCCACACUGCAUGGAAACCAUGCAGGCUUGCUUGUCCUGAAAUGCAAACACAGUCUCUGUGUUGGAAAGGAUCAGAGUUAACCACCUAGUUCAACUUAGAGAACUUGUACGGAAAAUCAUCCCCAGUUGACACCUGGCCAACUUUUCCUUGGAUGAUUCUUUUAGGUCACUUGUCCUUGGACGGAACAGCUGUUAAAUGAGUGGAAUUCUUUCCAGUGUUCAACUUACAGGGAAGUAGAUGUAGGAUUCAAGACAGUUGCUUCUUCUCCUCUCAGCAGAUGGUCACAAGAACAAAGAAAAUAUUUGUAGGUGGAUUAUCGGCUAAUACAGUAGUGGAAGAUGUAAAGCAAUACUUUGAACAGUUUGGCAAGGUCUCAGCGUCCCCAACUUUUCCACCCAUUCCCAAGAUUCUACUCAUUUUUACUGGAGCAUGGAAGAGCUACCUCUCUAAAUUCCAGGUUCUUUUAAAAGGAUAUUUUGACAGGGCUCCUCAGGUAGAAGACGCCAUGCUAAUGUUUGACAAGACCACCAACAGACAUAGAGGGUUUGGGUUUGUAACUUUUGAAAAUGAAGACGUGGUGGAAAAAGUCUGUGAAAUCCAUUUUCAUGAAAUCAAUAAUAAAAUGGUGGAAUGUAAGAAAGCACAACCUAAGGAAGUGAUGUUUCCACCAGGGACAAGAGGAAGGGCUCGCGGAUUACCAUAUACCAUGGAUGCUUUUAUGCUAGGGAUGGGAAUGCUGGGUUACCCGAAUUUUGUUGCAACCUACGGUCGAGGAUAUCCUGGUUUUGCCCCCAGUUAUAGUUAUCAGUUCCCAGGUUUCCCGGCAGCAGCCUACGGACCAGUUGCGGCAGCGGCAGUGGCAGCAGCGAGAGGAUCAGGGAUCCCCGAUUACGGUUUCUAUUCUCCGCCCGGUGACCAACGGGCUCCAUUAUCGUAUGCAGACUAUGGUUCCAUGGGGCCACGGGUGGCUCAGAUGCUUCGCAGCGAGCCCCCUGCUUCAGCGAGUAACUCCCCCCUCCACCACCUUCCCAGCCCGGAUCAGUUUAAAAGCCCAGUCUUGAAUAGCUACAGUGCUCAACCGAAUUUUGGCGCACCCGCUUCCCCGGCAGGCUCCAACCCAGCCCGGCCCGGAGGGUUCCCGGGGGCAAACAGCCCUGGUCCGGUUGCAGACCUCUACGGUACAGCCAGUCAAGACUCUGGUGUUGGUAACUACAUAAGUGCUGCCAGCCCCCAGCCUGGCUCCGGCUUUGGGCAUGGAAUUGCUGGCCCUUUGAUUGCAACGGCUUUUACAAAUGGAUACCAUUGAAACGUUACACAGGGUUGGUUGCCAUCUCGCUUGGAGAGUAUAUCUGGAUGUCCAGGAAAGACAGGACGAAGUUUCUGAAGGGUUCCAUAUUUAGGUGAUACAUCAUCAGACUUUGAGCAUAAAAUCAUCAAUAACCCACACAAACUGGAGGUGGCACUCAGAUGAUUUGGGUUGUCCAAAAUCUCUAUCAUCUCAUGAACCUGCUGUACUAUAUAGAACAACAGCUUUUUAAAAAACAAACUUGUAUAUAUAUAUAAUCCAUUUUGUUCGUUUUAUUAUUUUUCUUGAUGUUUUUUUCCCCUUUGAAAUCUAUUUUAAUCACUUUUUUUUGGUAGUAUUUUGACAUAGGCUUAUAGUCACAUAGAUCUGCUACUUUGUGUAUUUAGAAAAAGUCUAACCAUAAUAAUAUAACUGUUCCUAUAUUAAGGGUUUCUUUGCUAUUUAAUUCUCCCACUUUCUUUCUUUCUUUCUUUCUUUCUUUCUUUCUUUCUUUCUUUCUUUCUUUCUUUCUUACUUACUUACUUACUUACUUAUGUAUUUUGUCGCUUAAAGGAAACUGAGAUGGUGACAUGAUUCUCAGUCGACUGGUACCAAUUCUGAAGCUGAAAAAACUUUUUUCAGGUGGAAUUUAGCACACACUGAAUUUAGAAGUAGAGCAAGCAAGACGAGUGAGCAAAAGUACUAUAUUUUAAGCAGGAUGUGGAAUAGAAGGCUGGCUGAGUAGCAGGAUCUCUAGCGGUUCUUUUUAUUAGUUAACCUAAUUAUAUCUAUUUUCGGCAAUAAGGUGAGGACAACACACUUUUGUGUGUCCUUUUUCUAUAAGUGCAUUUUUUUGUUGUUAAAAGAGGGGAUAAGGUUUUUUGAAAUUGUGAAUUCUAAAAAUAAUAAUGAUGAAAAUAAUAAUACUGUAAAUACAAUUCCAUUAACUUACAUAUAAACUAUUGAGAGAGAGAGAAAUGCAUAAUAUUUUUGUGACGGCAUCAGACUAAGGCAGUUUCUGUACGGAACGGAAGGCAAAAGAUAGAGUGGGUACACGGCCCUCCAGAACCGUCUCUUCUGCCCCUGCCUGGGCACGAACAGAGGAUGAGCCGGGGAGACGGCAGCUCCCGCUCAUCUUGCCGAUGCUUGGGCAGGCACGGUUCCGGGGGGGGGGGGGUGGCACCCUCAGUGUAAACCUUUGAGAUCAACUGCCAGAGCUGGUCCGUAGCAGUUCGAUCAACGCUGGUUAGCUUGCUCUGUAGGUGUUAGACCUGAUAAACUGUACUAGCAUCAUACCAGCAUAAUUAACUAGACACCUGUGCACAGCUGUUAAAGUAACCGUCUAGUUACCUUUUUAAGUUAAAAAGCGCUUUUACCAAGUUUGAAAAAGCUACAAUUUUAAUAUUUAAAACAGGUAUUUAAAGUUUCAAGCACACAUUUUUUAACCAUUAUUUAGAUCACCUGACUGUCCAUCCAUUUCAGCAGCCACAAUGCCUCCUGCAGCUCGCUUGCCGAGUGAGGGGCCGUCUGGGCGGCUCCCAAGCUGUAGAGCGGGGCAGACCGAGCGUUGCUUCUUCUCACCUUCCUUUUAUCCAGUCUUUCCUAUAUUAACAAAUGAGGGGAAAGCAAAGGUUUUUUUAAAAAUUGUUCUGAAUACCUCAGUGCUUCAAGUUUAUCACCCUAGACGCAAGAGAAUUUUAAUUUAUUGUAGUUGAGAACAGAUUUGAAAAAAAAUGUAUAAAACCAUCAUUGCACUGUGACUGGUAGGGAAAAACUGACAAUUUCCAAUUUGCACAUGUCUAAUGUUUGGCGGUUAUAUAUAUGGUCCUUCUGCUGGGGAGGAGACUUAUGAAGGAUAUUUUUAAUUUAAUUUUUUUAAUAUGGGUCAAAUAGGCCGGCAACAGCAACUCGAAGUACAACACAGUAGGUGAUAUUACAAGCAUAACUAUAGUGUGGAUAUAUUCUUUUUUUUAAACAUUAAUAUUGACAAGUUUUAUUAAUAUUUUUUUAAAUUGUUACGUUUAUAAAUUUGGUACUCUAGGUACAGCCAGAAUAAGACACUGAAUGCGACAUUUGUUAAGAGAAAAAAAAAGCUGCUGCACUCCUAUUUUUGUAAAAUUUUACUAACAAGUAGGCUAACGUAGACAUUGAAUAGACAAGUUAGAGCAAGGCAUCUUCGAACACUCACCGAGACACCAUAAUUCUAACUGUAAAGAGGAGGGGAAAAAUUCUCAUUUUUCCUUGUUUUUAAAUUAAACAACAAAAAUAAUAGGUUGACUUGUUGGGGUUUGUUUUUGUUUUUUGUUUUGGUUGUUGUUUUUGAGGGGGAGGGGGUUGUUGUAUAAUGCUUCAGGGGUUUUUUUUAAAUAAAAUCUUCUUUCGAAAACAACCAGGUUUAAAAGCCAGAAUGCUGGACACUUUUUAAAAUUAUUGAGACUUGAUCAAGUAGUACACUAAAAAGAAUAAUGAUAAUAAUAAUUAAUAAUAAUAAUAAACAUAAUUAAUCGCAAACCAAAUUCCCUGAGAGUCGAGUGUGUUUUUACAAACUAAGGAAGUCAGGGAAUGCUUCUUUUUAUUCCUCUUUAAUCGAUGUAGAUGACAUCGGAGCACAACAAGUCAGGAGCUACUUCCAGGAAAGCUCCUUUCGGAGGACAGCGAGGUGCCCCCACCCCUCCCAGGGCGAGGCGCUCAGCACUGCUCCCAAGCGGUUCGGCAGAGCUUUCCCGGAAGGGGUCCGUGCCUGUGCCAUGUACUCCCCUCCUCAUCGUUCAGUCCCUGUCACCUCACAGAAGAUUCUUUGCUGAUCAUUGUUAUAUGUUAAUAAUGUAUAAAAUGACUAUCUUGUAAGAGUGCUGUCCUGAUGCUUAGUGUAGUGAUUUCCCAAGCCACCAUCCCUUUCUCUUUUCUUCUCUUUCUUCCUCUUCUAGGACAUAUUGGUAGUUGUAUUGUAAUUAAGGUUAAAUACAUAGAUGUAGCUACUCAGAUUUAGGACCAGUAAGGAUAGAACUUUCUCUUAUUUAAGACAAAAAGAAAUGCUAAUAAGUUUUGGGCAGGUGUUUUUUUUUAAUUUAAAUUUAAAUUGUGUUUGUUUCUCUUUCUGCUGAUCUUCAUGUGGUUUCAACUAACCAAAGGUCUCACAACAUUAAAAGAAAAAAAAUGCUGGCAAAACUCCUGCUGCAUUAUAUAGAUCCCCCCACCCUUCUACUUUGAUGAAGAGGGUGUGCCAUACUACCUUAAAUGCUAAUGCUAGAUAUGCAAAACUGGAUUUUUUUAAUUUAUUUUUUAAAAUAAAAAGAGGGAGGCAUGGUAUAAUAAAAUGAUUUUACUAAGAGAAAAAUAUUUUUUUAAAAAAAAGAAUGCUCAGAAGAAAAACUGAUAACCUGUGUGAAUAUGUUUUAGAUGUUUCUAACCCUUUUGAAAAGCCCCAAUGGCCCUGAACACAUCUCGUGUGGAAUCUGCUAUGUUUUCUGAGUGGCUUCCUAGGCUAAUGUUCAUUCUAGUCCCUUCACUCAUCUAGAAGUCCAUUCGAAAGGAUUUGGGGUUUUUUCUUUUAUUUUUUUUAUUUUUUUUUUUUUUGUUUGUUUUUUUUCUAACAUUCUAUUUUCUGGUUUUUUUUUUUUUUUUUUUUUUUUUGGAAAUUAGUUUUAACACAGAAGGUUCAGCUGAAACUUUAUUUUAGUCAAAGAGAGCAGGCAAAAAGCUUCACCCCAGCAUCUUGCCAUUUGGUUCCAAACAUCCCCUUGCAAAAUGUUGUGAUCGAAUUGUGCAGACCAGGAGUGAAAAGGAGAGCAGGAGAUCUGCCAUAAAGAGAAUCGAAAAAUGUUGUUUGUGCCUCAAGUAACUUAUUUGUUAUCAAACCAUCUUGUGAAAUCCAGAUGCCAAGGAAAGUCAGCAAGAGAUUCUUGGCUGGUUUCCAUGGCACUGGAUGGCAGAUGACCUAAAUGUCUAGGAAGACCUUUCUCCUGAAAUCCUGGCACACUCUUCUUUUUCUUCUUUUGCUACUGACUUGAACAGAGGGCCAGAAUUUUACUCACAGGAGACUGGAGUUUUUAAAAUUUACCUUGCUUGUUUCUCCUCCCACCAAAGGGGAAAAAAACAGAACUCACACCAUCGAAUCUUAAGUUGAAAUUGACUUGAUUAAAAUGAAGAGCAACCUGUCCCUUUUGGUUUCCUAUUCUGCCUAAUGUUCAUUUUAAUUUGACUUUGUAGCUUGGACUUUAAGGUAGCAUGGCUCUGUUACAGUAAUUUUUUUCCCCUUGUACAGCAGUAUAUACACAAGCUGAUGAAUGUUACACAUCUUGCUAGACUAGUUGAGUCCUUGGGUAACUGUUGGUAAAUAAUAAUGACCUGAAAGGUGUACAGACUUUUAUUUUCUCUUCUUUUCCACUUGAACUAUUAACCCUGUACGGCUCUUUUGAGCUUGAGUGUGAAUGAGGGCUAGGGACUCCAGCCACCCAAACCAUCAAGUUUCAUUUGCCAUCAAAUUCAAUGCAACUUGCAAGGCAAAAGCAAUAUAGUUUUCCUACAUGUUUUCUCAAAGGUCAGCCAUGGUUAUGUAAUAUAUUUAUUGCGUAUAAAAUUGUUUACAAAACAAAAACAAAACACUACUUAUUUUUUUACUAUUUGGGUAUAUUUGUUUCGAAAGGUUUCCUUUUUUGUUUGCCUUUGGGUUUCUUUCCGAAAAGCAAAACAGUUGGAAAAGCAAACGAAAGCUGGUCUAACUAUGUUUUGAGUGACAGGGGGCCUUAGACACACUGGCAGAUUCCCCAAAAAUCUGCAUCAAUACACUGUAGAAUUUCAUAAAGUGCGCAGAAUCCCAUUCCAAUCCAUUUCUCGCUGUGUAAGCACUACAUGAGAUUCUGCGAGCUAAGCAAUACUUUAAUACUGUAAUAAAAUUUUACCAAAAAUGAUGAGUUCAAAAUCAAAGUUAUCUGUUCACCAGUUACCAAACAAUCAGAAUGUACUGUCUCAACAGACUUUUGUUUCAGACAAAAAGCAAACAACUAGAAGUCACCCGUGCGAUAUAACCUGUGUUCUGUACAUAACGCCAAUAUCACCAUGUGUGGGAUGCGACUGUCAUUUUGAAUUCUAGUGAUAGCAAAUAAUCUCACCAUAUCUGUUGUACACGUUUUGAAUUCCAUCAGUAAUCCAAUGCAAAGUCUCAGCAUUUUCAGGUGGAUCUAAAUGUACUUAAUCAGCAAUGACACAGUGGCCAGGCCUAGCCCCUCCCUUUUCUAUUUUAGUAUGAACUGAUGCGAACUUUGGUAGUGACUUUUUAUAUACAUAUAUAAAUAUAUAUAUACAUACAUAUAUAUAUAUACGUGUAUCUAUAUAUAUCAAGCAUCUUUCAGGUCUCUGUGUAUGGCUUUCCGAAGCCCUGUUGUAAAAUACUACAUGGAUGGGGGUCUCUCACAUCACAGAUGUGGAAAGUAUAAUUUUAUAUUUGUAUUUUCAAAUAAAUAAGUUUGUGAAAGGUUUCCAUCCUCUACUGUGGUCCAGAAAAUCAAUGUGUUUGUCUCAGAAAAAAAAUAAAAAUCUGUUUUGAACAGC